AUGGAUUUUAAAGAAGCGGAGUUUUCCUACAUUUACAACAGGGACCACGCCUCAAAGUACAGCAACGGCUGUGAGGCACUUUGGGGAAGUGCCGAGGUAGGGAAAGACUCUGUAGCGGUGGCAGUGUGUGGUUCCGCACACUUCCCCAUGGGAUCACCAGCAGACAGCCCCAGCGGGCAGGGGGCUGGCGAUCUGAGUGUCCAGUGUCCUGGGGACCCUGUCUCCCAGGAGGAUCGAGGGGUCCGUGUGGUUACGGUUAAGGUACGAGAAGCUGAGACCCCAGGGUUCCAGGAUGCAAAGGGUUAUGUCCUGUAUCCUCAGAUUGGCGAUCGCAUUGACCUGAUAUGUCCACAGUCAGUGCCACGCAGCACCCACUCCACGGAGCACUAUGAAUACUACCGGUUAUACCUGGUAACUCAGGAGCAGGCCGAGAGGUGUGACACGGUGAUGAGUCCCACCGUUCUACUGACAUGUGACAAACCUGACCAGAUCACUCGUUUCACCAUCAAGUUCCAGGAGUUUAGUCCCAACCUCUGGGGCCUGGAGUUUAAACCCCAGCAAGAUUACUACAUCAUCACUACCUCCGAGGGUAAUGAGGAGGGUCUGGAGAACCGGCUUGGAGGGGCAUGUCACACUAAAAAGAUGAAGGUCACCCUGAAGGUUGGACAAGAUCCCAACGCCCCGGUUCAGCCAAAGAGACCAAGCAGGAAACAAGAGCGGCCAGAGCCCAGCGAAAGGCCUGGCUUAAGCCCAAACCUCAGAACAGACAAGGAAAACGUAACAGUCUUCCUCACGAACUCCAGCGGGAACAGGAGCCGGGAACAUGACCCCGUGCUGCCCUCCAACAUCCCACUGAUCGCCGGCUCCGCCGGGGGGUUGGCCUUCUUGCUCAUUGUCACCGGUGCCAUCGUGGCUGUGGUGUGCUACAGGAGGCGCCAAUCCAAGCAGGCCGAGAGCCAGCGGUCGGCACUCCAUCUCAGCACCCUUACCAGCCCCAAGCGGGGCACCGGGGGCAACAACAAUGGCUCUGAGCUCAGUGACAUCAUCAUCCCUCUCCGGACUUCUGACAGCACCUUCUGUCCCCAUUAUGAGAAGGUGAGCGGGGAUUAUGGUCACCCUGUGUACAUUGUACAGGAGAUGCCACCUCAGAGUCCUGCCAACAUUUACUACAAGGUAUGA